UGUGCACUAUCACAACCACACGUGGGGUGAACGUUUGAACUCGUUGCAUGCGGGAGAGCUUACGGAGUUUAUAACGCUAUUAAACUAAUUUGAGAAUAAAAUAUUAGGCGUCUUUUUGCCCUUUAACAGUCAAAUAGAAGAAAAUAGUCCUCCGUGAAGCAUUUCGCCGAGAGGGCCGGAAUACCAGAAAAAGAAUCCACAAUGACCGAAGCCCAAGUGAACCCAAAGGCCUAUCCGCUGGCCGACGCCACUCUGACCAAAACCAUCCUGGACCUGGUGCAGCAAGCAUCCAACUACAAACAGCUGAGGAAAGGGGCUAAUGAAGCUACCAAAACCCUGAACAGAGGCAUAGCUGAGUUUAUCGUCAUGGCUGCUGAUGCUGAACCUCUGGAGAUCAUUCUCCACCUGCCGCUGCUCUGCGAGGACAAGAAUGUACCGUAUGUGUUUGUUCGAUCCAAGCAGGCGCUGGGCCGAGCCUGCGGGGUGUCACGUCCUGUCAUCGCUACCUCGGUUACAAUAAAGGAGGGAUCUCAGCUUAAGCCACAGAUCCAGUCUGUGCAAAUGGCUAUUGAGAGACUGCUGGUGUGAUAUUUUUGUUGCAAAUCUUAAACGGGUGGAUGGAUUCCAGAUUCGGAUUUAGUUUUAUGUUUGACUUUAAAACGAGCAUUGACAAGAUUUUUCUUUUUUAACAAUAUUGGUUUACUUUCUGUGUAUCAUUGUGCAGAGCCAUCACCUGUUUCUGAAUAAACUAAUUUUUUAAAUAAGA